ACAUUAUUAGAGUUUAUUUAUUCUCCACUAAUUUAAUUGAAUGGCGACAAGGCAUAAAUAAAAUUGUAUAUAGAUCAUGUAUUUGUAUUUUUAAAAGAAAAAAAAAAAAAAAAAAAAAUAUAUAUAUAUAUAUAUAAUGACCCUCGAAGCCAUUGUUCGUUUUUCUUGGUUCUCCUGCUCUCCCUACAGUCUCUGUUCUUUCUUUUUAAUCCGAAUCUCCAGCAUUCAACGAGUUCACAUCUCCCCAUCUCUUUGUUGUGAAUUUAAUUUAUUAUGAAUGGCUCUGGUGGGCGCGGUUUCUAGGACGCCAUAUCUUAGCGGCAACCGCGUUGGAACGGAUUCAGCAAGACUGAUUGGGUAAAAGGCACGAAGGUGGCGUUCCAUCCGUGCCACGUGGGGGAGGAGGUCGGGUCCUCCUAUUGGACGAGGGGAGUGGUCGAGCUGCUACUGCUAUGGGUCUAGGUUCACUGUAACUUUGUGGGUUAGUUUCACGCCAGAGCUCGCAGCGGAGACCGCAGUUAGAGUUAGAUCCUCGGAUGGAGCAGCAGCCCAGUGUCCCACGGAGCUGCACCAACGUAGCUCGAGAAACGCCCAUGAACCUUAACAUCCAGAGCACCACUGGCACCCGCUAUGAGCUGUCUGUGCCUCCGGACGAGACCGUGGAUGGACUAAAGCGACGAAUCUCGCAGCGGCUCAAGGUUCCGAAGGAGAGGCUCACCCUGUUGCACCGGGAGACGCGCCUGAGCUCCGGAAAACUGCAAGAUUUGGGGAUAUCCGAUGGAAGCAGGCUUACCCUGUUGCCAAGUGUAGAGGCUGGACUAAUGUCCCAGAUGUCCCGCCCUGAGCAGUCUGUAAUGCAGGCCCUGGAGAGUUUGACGGAGACGCAGGUGAAUGAUUUCCUAUCUGGCCGUUCCCCUCUUACGCUAGCGCUGCGUGUUGGUGAUCAUAUGAUGUUUGUACAACUCCAGUUGGCUGCUCAACAGUCAGGGGCUUCUCAUCUCCAACACCGGCAUGUAAUCACCAGAGGAGCUGAGGCUGGUGCAUCCCCCCAGUAUCGCACCUUACAUACCAGCACGUCUGCUCUUUCACAUUUGGCAAGUUGCACACCAGGCUCUACUCCCCCCACUACACUGUCUCCAACUGCUUCUACACACCGCGAUGGCCCCCAUUCUUCUCCCCUCACCACAAGCGUCUUCCGUUCCCACGGAGAAGGUGUUGCUGUGUCACCCUGUGCAGAGGUACCAUGCAGUUCUAGAGGAACCGAAGGAACCAGCUCUUCUGCAUCCAGCAGAUCCCGGAAACCGGGUGCGAUUAUUGAGAGCUUUGUCAACCACGCUCCUGGUGUUUUCUCAGGGACAUUUUCUGGUACCUUGCACCCACAUUGCCAGGACAGUGCGGGUCGUCCUCGCCGGGAUAUUGGGACCAUUUUACAGAUUCUAAAUGAUCUGUUGAGUGCCACCCGUCACUACCAGGGUAUGCCACCAUCUCUAACCACACUCCGAUGCCACACCCAAUGUGCAUCCCAGGCCAGGAAUCCUAAAGCUACCUCUCCCCAAAGCUCCGAACCCCAACAAACCACUCAUCCAGUAGGCCAUUGCCAGGCUCAGACACGCACGUGCAAACCAAGUGGAGACCGCUUGCGUCAAACUGAAAACAGGGCGACUCGAUGCAAGGUGGAGCGCUUGCAGCUGCUUAUGCAUCAGAAGAGGUUGCGCAGGAAGGCAAGGAGAGACUCAAGGGCUCCAUAUCAUUGGAUGCCCACCCGAAAAUCUAGUCGGACCAGCAGUAACAGCAGUACAUCUAGUGGGGAGGGCAGCCUAGAGAUUGACUUUGAGGACUCUCUGUGGAAACCGGAUGUCAAGGCUGAACUGAACUCAGAAUUUGUGGUGGCAUGAGAUGUGUAGCAGUAGCAUCCUGUAUUUUAUUGGUGUGCUCCAGGGAGUGCCUGCUCCCACACUUGGUAUGGACCAUUGAGAGUUGGAGAAGCUUUUUGUUUUGUGUUUUUAUUUCUUCUGACCGAAGAAUACAUUAUGAUCAGCAAAGGAAAAGCAAAGUGGAGAAAAAUAAGAAUAAAAGAUAAUCUUAAAUGUUUAGUGGACUUAAAUUCCAAUAACUUGUUCUGCCUUAAACGCUGGAAUGUGGAGCGUAGCAAGAUUGCGCUGUUAUGGAGCGUAAAGGCAAUAAGGUGCACUCUUCAAGUUUUUUUUUUCUUCCUCAAGAAAGAUGGACCCCAAUCCUCAAGCAGCUCCAUCUCGCUUGUCAUACUUUGUAGGGAACAUUUAUAACCUGGUUGGACAGCACAUAACCAUUUGUUCCAGGCUAAACCUUUGACAUGCUGCUUUUCAGGAAGCGUCUGCCGCUGUGGGAACAAGAGGUUGGAACUAGGAGAAUGAGGGGGACCAGGGACUCUGUAAUAACCCCCUCGCUUUUCCAGCCUAUCCACCGCCAUUACUGUCAUAUGUAGCAUCACUCGUUAUAUGCUGUGGGCUACUGCCCAUCC